AUGUUUCUAGUUGGUCAGGAAUCUGGGAGACACUAUUUAGUCCUGAAAUCCACUGAUUUAUACAAAAACUUACCUCUCCUCGCCUCAUCUAUUCUCACAACAAUUUUCUCUCUAUGGAAUAAACACAUUCCCACCCUAUUUUCGAAUCUUUGGCAUAAUUUUAAUGAAAUUUUGGGAGCCAGAAGUAUUCAGACAAUCAGAUUUCCUUCAGAAAGAUACAGAAAUGACGAGGUCAUGUCGCGAAAUUGGAUCUAUUUCUACUCAAUACUAGUCCUGAUUCUAUUUCUUUCAAAUCUUAUUCCAACAGCUAACGCAGGUGUUUUAGGACUUGGUCGUUCACAACAGGGUUCUCAUCAGCUUCAACCGCAGACCUCUCCAUUUUCUGAUCCGGCAAAUACAGGUGUAGAAUCAGUACCUUCCCCCGAUGAUUCCACGAUUGUAAUACGCACAGUUCCAGUGUCUGUCCUACAGCCAGUACAACCAAUUGGCCUUCCUUCAAUGAAACCAUACCAAUUCCUCGUGCCCCCAAUGAAUCCUGAACCUCAACAACCCGCCCCCGUUCCUGUAUAUUAUCCCAAUUAUAAUUAUUAUCCAGUUUACGGUUCACGGGGCUACCCGAAAUCCCAAUUUUUUGGCAACUGCGGACCCUAUAAUUCAAGGCGGAAUUCUCAGCAAAAUCGACAAAAGAACGGAAAUCGAAGACGCAAGGAAAGGCGUAAAGGUGAAAAGUGUCCAAAAGUCUGCGACACUUGUAUUAAGACUCACGAUUUAAAACAUGAAAGAGAGAAGGAUGAACUUCAAAAACGAUUCGCUUUUCACGCAAAACCAGCUUUACAGAACACUAACUCUGUUGAAGCCCUGUUCAAAUAUAUGGAUGGAAACAAUGACGGUUCCAUUAGUUUAACUGAACUGCAGAAUUACCUACUGCUUCACAACAUAAUAUCCCCCGAAGUUCCCAAAUAA